CAUUCCAGAUGAUCUAUACAAGAAAAGAAUGGUUUUGAUUCUCCUGAUCCUGUUCCUACCAUGGAUGGAAGGGUUAAACCAAAACCAAGAAAUAUAUCUGCAAAAUUGUCCUUCUCAGAAUGUGAGCCUGCCCUGUACUCCAGCUCAGAUUGAUGAAUUUAUUAGUUCACAACUCAAGGAUGAUUUAGAUAUUCAUGCAGUUCUAUCCAAGGUUUAUAUCCCUGGAGUAUGCUACCAUGAAAGAACUAAAUACUGCCCUACAGAGCUCAUCAGCUGUAACAAUUCUUUCAACCACGGAUACAACUUUAGUAUAAAAGGAGAAUGUAUCAGUAAGCAUGAGAAAUGUUCUUUAUUUCAUUUAAAGGAUUCCUGCCAAAACCUUGUUUGUAACCAGUCCCAGUAUCUUUGCCAUCCCAAGGGCUGUAUACCACUUAAUGCAUUGUGCAAUGGAAGAUGCCUCCCUCUGAAAAAAAUCAAAUCUUCCCUCCAUCAGCCUUCAAAUACAAGUACAAAAAUAUCCCAGAUUCAUAAACAUCCGGAAUACUAUGAAAGACGAAUAAAGUGCGGAAAUUCUUGUCUUUCAAGAGAUGAAUCCAAGAAUCUGUAUGACUGUGGAGGGGAAUGCAAGAAUAAAUCAGAGCCAUGUAGAGAUCCUGGAGAGAAUAUUUGUCCUCAACAUUAUAUACUUUGUGGAGCUGAUACAUGCAUAGAUAAGUUUGAGCAUGGCAGAGUUCUAGAAAAAACUGGGUUUCCAGAAUAUUUUUCUUGUUCUGGAGUUUGUACACCAGCAUCCAAACCUUGUAGAGAAAAUAAUACACUGCACUGCCAGAACGGAUAUUGGAUGUGUAAAGGGAAAGAGGAAUGUAUUCUUCAGGAAGAAAUAGGCCGUGAAGGUUCUGUUUGGUUUACCCAGCUCUGCGAUGGAAUCCCUCAGUGUAAGGACGGUUCUGAUGAAUCAGCUUCCCAAUGCUUUAAGGUUUACAGUCUUCAAAUAUCAAUAACAUGUGCUCUACUCUUCUUUCUUCUGCCUUCUCUUGCCUUUUUCAUCUGUUAUUACAGAAAUCACUUGACUGUCUUGAUCUCAAAACUCCGAUCUGGAAUCACACAACGAGAUUCAGUACAGGAUAAAAGUUAUUUAGGAAAUGAGGACGAGAUGUUUUUACGAGGAGUAGCUCCAGAGGAUGUUGAUUAGUUGAUUGACUAAUUAAUUAAUUAUUUUAUUGUUAUGGAUUAGCUUCGAGUAAAAGCGUGUUACUUUUAUUAUAUUAUAGUCUUCAUGCUUAGUCAUCCUUUUCCACCAGAGUUUAUAGAAAUCCUUAUACAGCUUUUACAGGGUGUUCAAAUCAUACAUAGCAAUUUUCUUCAAGAAGAACUCUAAACUUUGUGUACAGAACUUUUCUCAGUUUGCUGCAGAGCCCAAAACUUAAAACAGGGUAUCGUAAUGAAAACCAGUUUUAAAACCCGGGUUUCGCGAAUGGGGUUAGGCAG